AUGAAGCCAUUUGAUAUGGUGACAGCAGACUUCGCAUUUCGUCGACCAACAGCAGAACAGAUCAAGCAGCGCAUCAUGACUGUCUGCUUCCGAGAGGGCAUCAAGCUUGACCCGCAAGUGCUCAUGGCUGUCAUUGAAGGUGGCAACGCCGACAUACGGCGAAUCAUCAAUAUGCUGUCAACAAUCAAAAUCGACGGCCAUGGGAAGGACCUCUCUUUCGACCAGAGCAAAGGCAUGGCAAAAGGCUGGGAGAAACAUGUCAUCCUCAAACCGUGGGACAUCGUCUCGAAGAUCAUGCGUCCUCAGAUGUUCUCAGGUAGUUCGAAGGCCACGCUCAACGAGAAGACUGAGCUUUACUUCAACGACCAUGAGUUCAGCUACCUUAUGCUACAGGAAAACUACCUCAAGUCACAGCCGUCACAGAUCCAGAACGUCAACGGCGACAAACAACGCAACUUGAAGUGGCUGGAGCUUGCAGACCAAGCCGCCUCUAGCAUUAGUGACGGCGACUUGGUUGAUCGAAUGAUCCACGGCUCUCAACAACAGUGGUCGCUGAUGCCUUUACAUGCCAUCUUCAGUUUCGUACGUCCGGCAUCUCAUGUUUACGGCAACUUCAACCAACAGGUAGGCUUUGCUUCCUGGCUCGGCAACAACUCCAAGCUUGGUAAGCUGUCUCGCUACGUCAAAGAGAUCCAAGGCCAUAUGCGACUUAAGACUGCAGCAGAUCGUAACGAGAUUCGUCAGCAGUAUAUGCCAUACCUUUGGAACUCUACCGUGGGGCAGCUGGCAAAGAAUGGAAAGGAGGCUGUACCAGAUAUGAUCGACUUCAUGGACUCAUACUAUCUGACCAAAGACGAUUACGAUGCUAUAAUCGAGCUCGGAGUCGGCCCACAGGACAUGGACUCAAAGAAAUACACCAUCGAUUCCCAGACGAAAUCUGCAUUCACCCGCAUGUACAAUCAACAAAGCCACCCGAUGCCAUUCGUCAAGGCUAGCAAUGCGUUAGGGUUGACAAAGGGUGGUGCAAGUAAGCGCGACAAGCCUGACCUCGAGGAAGCGAUUGAGGAUGAGGACGAAGCGGUUGAGGAAGUUGUCGAAGAGGAAGAAGAUCUCGAGAUUGAUCUGAAGAAGGACAAGUACAUUCAAGCUCCGAAGAAGAAGAAAGCUGCUGCCGGUAAAGGCAAGAAGGCGGCUGGCGGUGCGGGCACGAAGCGCAAGAAGGCGACUGCGGAUGACGAAGACAGUGAUGACGAUGAGGACGAUGAAGACGUCAAGCCGCCAGCUAAGAAGGGACGUGGUGGCGGCGCGGCAGGAAGAGGUGGCCGUGGUGGUCGAGGAAGAGGGCGCUAG